AUGAAAGUUUGCGGGCAUGCUGCCGACGAAGUUCUGAGAAGGAAGCAGGUGAAGUUUGAAGUGCGCGUGCAAGCUGAGGAAUCUAGGAGGUGUGUAGACUCAGCUGCGGAGAGGGGAGUCCCCCUACAUAAGAUCAUCAAGAGCAUGGUGUUUGUCUGCCAGAGCCGAGGAGACGAGCAAGGUUCUCAUAACUACCUGCAUUGUAUGGUUCCUGGACAUUGCCAGGUCUCCAGAAGCAAACUUGAGGCGCACGUGGGCUGCGAAUGUUCCUUGCUAGACCCCGACAGGAUGAGGUCCAUCACGGGAGCUGACAUAGGAGCUGUGCAUCCCUUCGUCCCCGGCGUAUCGAGGAGGAUCCUGGACCAGCGAGUGCUGGCGAACGAGACGAUAUCGUUCAACAGUGGGGAUAUGAAAGUCGGCCUGAUUGUGAAAACAGAGGAUUUUCUGGACGCGUUCGAAGGAGAAAUUACGUGCGCUGAUAUUGCAUAUUGUGAGGAAGACGACUACACACCAGUUGCUAAGGUGACGAUUCCGUACAUUCGGAAUAAGCCUGUCUGA